AGCUGCUGUGGCUGCUGGGGAUCACUCCCUUGGCGGACACAGGCAUUUCCAUGGACUUUCCCAUCCCGUUGGGCAUGGGCACUUCCCUCAUGUUGGGCACGGGCACUUCCCUCAUGUUGGGCAUGGCUUCAGACAUGCCGCCGUCCACCGCCCCGUGCGACCCGUGGCACCUGUGCGACCUGUGGUGCACCAGCCGGCUCCCGCGCCCCCGGUGCAUCGAGGCCAAACUGGACCUGCGGUGCCACCGGCAGCUGCCUCGGGCGUCCCGGUGGACGACAGGCAGGGCGACAGCGAAUAUCACUUCUCGUGGCGCCAUGACGGCCGAAAGACCUACACGUGGGAUGGCGCCAACCAGUACUGCGGCAACCUUGGCUCCGGCUGGCAGGGCAUCAGCAUCGGGACUCACCAAGAGGACAGUCUCGUCAGGAAAGCGAUUAUUGAAGGUAAUGUUUGAAGCUGAUCCUCUCUGUUGUGUUGUGGGAUUCAGACCCGAACCUUGA